AUAUCCAAAGAGCCUGACAAUUUACAAGAUGGCGGCGCCCAUGAGCUUUUUCCCGCGAAUAAUAAUCGGAGCGACAACAUUCACCGUUGUGGUUGCUGGGGCUUUGUAUCUGUAUUAUAGAUCGAGAUACAUUUUCAAGAGAAAGCCGUCGGACACAGUGUCUGCAAGUACAUCGGAACAGCAUCUUGCUAAAGAGGAACGGGAACAACAAAAAGAUAAAUCGAGGGCAUUAGGAAGUCCAAAUACUGAGAGAGAGAUCUCAGUAGUCAGCUUGAUUAAACUGCUUGAUACCAAUGACGAGAGCCAGCUGUGCAAAGUGUUGACGACUAUUGCUAACAAAGCAGCAUUCACAGAAGGACAGAAUGCAGUGUGGUUUGCAGGCGGCCUACCAGUUAUAAUAAGACUUCUCGGGAGAGACUCUGACCGUGUGAGGACAUGUACUGCCAGCUGCAUUGCCAACCUCUCCCUAAACAGCCACAACCAGCCUGUACUCAAGGCCUGUAUUCCAACACUUCUCAGCCUUAGCACAGACCCCCUCCACACGAAGGGACUCCGGCUAGCCAGCAUUCAAGCCCUGGUCAACUUGUCGGUCAGCGGUCGGUGUGGGGAGUACUUCAGCCAGCCGUCAGCCCUACAGAGUCUCUUUGAGCUCCUUGGAGACGGUUCGUCAUCACUCGGCCAGCAAGCUCUGCGAGUGUUGGUCAACCUGUCCGCAGAUGAAACAGUGGUGCCAGCACUGCUCAGCUUUGAGGUUCCUACAGACUUUGCAAGCCUGCUGGCAUCGCACCAUCCACCAGAGUCACUCCUCAGAACACUCUCGUUUCUCGUCAACCUGAGACGGGCGAUUCUCGCGACACCAGUCAGAACAACCUCAGAGAGUGCCUCACAAGACUUUUCAAGCCUUUUUACCGGAGGCACCCGUGCGUUGAGGGUCGCCGUGGAAACACUGAUGCAUCAUGGGAACGCCGACGUGGAACAGCAGGCCAGACGGUUACUGGUGAUGCUGUCUGGACCGUGAAGCUGAGAAAGCUUGGGUCAAUUCGAUGGUGCUGCUUAAGCCUACACUCUUGCUGGGAAAUUUGGAUCUGCCAAAACCAACCACUGUCCGAUAACACAUUCUUUUAUACUAGGAAAAACAAAAUUUAGACACCAAGGACCAUGUAAAAGUAAUAACAAUAAUGUAAAGUUAUAAUAAUUAUUUCAAGUACUAAGAAUGUGUGAUUGGAAUACUGCAGUGUCGGUUUUGGGGAAUCAAAUGUUUAUGAUGUGAUGGUUUAAGGUUAACUCGGAUAAAACUUUCGUACCUUCUCCAAAAUGUUUAAUGAAAUUUUACCUUGACACCUGUUAGGCCAAAAAAAAUAAAUAAUCAGUCUCUGGU